AUGAUGCAGAAACAUACAUCGGCUUCUUGUGACUCCAAAAUUGCCUCGAUGUUGAAGCUAGCUUCGAUUGGAGAUGGAGCCACCGAGAAUAACAUCUUCUUAAUCAAUGGAAUAGGGAAACAGAUUUGCAGCAAGAGCCCUAAUCCAUGUGCACCUCUAUCUCUAAUUAUAAAAGUUAACCUAUUUGUAAUCUCUACGGUCUACACUGGGAAUUCCAAACCGUUUCAAGACCCUGAAAAUUCCCGUGGUGUCGCUGCUGGCCACCUCUCCGCCGGUGAUCUGACAAAGUCUUGCUGUCACCGCCUCUUGCUCUCUUCAAAUCCAAAUAUACACACUUUAAGCAGAGAAGAACAUAGAAGGAAAAACGAAACGAAAAUGGUUUCACCACGAUCACGACACCCAACUACAAUGGAGAACCUCCCAGGCGAAGUUUUAUCAGACAUAUUCAUCCGGUUAUUGGCAAAACAGCUUGCUCAAAUGAGGUGCGUUUGUAAAGAUUGGAAUGCUCUGUUAUCUGAAUCCUCCUUUGUAAAAUCCCACCUCCAUCGUUCUAUGCAUAUCAACCAGAAGAUUCUUACGUUCUUCGGUGUUAGGGCUGACUGUACUUCAUUCACUGCAAGCCCCUUUCGUUCUCCCGCUAUCGAACUCGACAAUUUUUUCAAAUUCCCCGUUAAUCUCGAAUCUCAACCUGCUCGUUGUUUUGGCAAUGUCGUUGGAUGUGUGAAAGGGUUAAUAUGUUUUAAGUAUGAAUCAGGUGAUGAUUAUAUCGUUUGUAUUCAGAACCAUUCUCUCUCCGCUUUCUUAACUCUUCCGCCAUGUUCCAUGGGCUCUUCCUCUGAAUCAAGAAAUAUCAAUUUCCGGUUUGGGUAUGAUCCCAAAACUGAUGAUUACAAAGUGGUGAAGCUUACAGAGCUUUUCAACCCACGCAGAAUGGCACCAGUUGAGGUUUAUAGCGUGAGAAAAGGUAAAGGUUCCUGGGAGUUGGUAUCUCAAAGAAUUCCAUCACACCUGCAAUGCAUUAAAGAUCAAGAUUUAGUUUGUGUAGAUGGGCAUGAAGGCCAUCUUCAUUGGAUUUGUUAUACUUAUAUUGGUGUGAAGUUGACAGAAUCGAUAUUGGCAUUUGAUUUGGGUUCAGAGAGAUUCAAGGAGAUACCUUUUCCAGAUUCUUUAAUACCAUGUUGCUUUGGAGAGCGGUUGAAUGUGGUAGGAGUUUUGGGUGGAAAGGUUUGUGUGAUGUCGAGGGUUGGAGGGAUUGAUUGUGAGGUGUGGGUGAAGGAUGAGUAUUCAUGGGUCAAACUUCAUGUGUUUUCCGGGUUUAGUGGUGGUGAUCAAAUAUUUCCAUGUGGAUUUACAUCAAACAAUCAGUUUCUUUUUAGAUCUAUGAAUGAACUUGAUCGUUAUGGUUUGUAUGAUCCAGUUACAGCCAAGAGUAAAAGCUUCAAGAUUCGUAGAGGAUCUGUUGGAUGUAAAAUUGUUGAGUAUGUUGACAGUCUUGUUUGGAUAGCACCUGCCAACAAAUUGAAUAAUUGA